UUAGCGUCGUCGGGGGAGGUCACCCGGAAGCGGAUCCUGGCAGGCCGUGGAUCUGAGGGAAAGUGGGGGGAGGAGAGGACGAGGAAGGAGCCGAGGCGUGAUGGCCGCCGCCGCCGCUCUGGACGCUGUGCAGUGACUCUUGGGCCCAGUCUCCCCAUGGGACUCCCCGCCUCGGAGGAAGGACGCUGAGCCACUCGCCUUCCCUCAGGGACGCACCGCCAGCCGGGCUGCGGCCUGCUCCUGAGGCUCCGCCGGAGGGGAGAGGGGAGAGGGGGACAGGCUUGGGCCUGAGUGGAAGGCCCACCGGGGAGGGAGUGGGAAGGAGGCUGAGUUUCCACAGAACAGCCCCCCACUAGAGUCCUGGUAAAAAUUCCCCCCCAAAAAUUAUCUAACUCUGUGUGUUAAUUAGAUUUUAAGGAGAAGCCUUACCUUGUUUGGUUUGGCCAAAACAAGAUUACAUUUAGGUUGGGGGCUUGUCACAGAAUAGGCCCCCAUUUGAGUCCUGGUAAUAAUUCCAAAAAAUAUCUAUCUCUGUAUGUUAAUUGGAUUUUAAGGAGAGGCUGUAGCUUGCUUGGUUUGGCCAAAACAAUAUUACAUUUAGGUUGGGGGCUUGCCACAGAAUAGACUCCCAUUUGAGUCCUGGUAAAAAUUCCAAAAAUAUAUUUUUGUGUUAAUUGGAUUUUAAGGAGAAGCCGUAGCUUGUUUGGUUUGGCCAAACCAAUAUUAUAUUUAGAUUGGGGGCCAAACCAAGAUUAUAUUUAGGUUGGGGGCUUGAGCCGGGUUUGCCACAGAAUAGGCCCCUAUUUGAGUCCUGGUAAAAAUUCCAAAAAUAAUAAUAAUUAUCUAUCUCUGUGUGUUAAUUGGAUUUUAAGGAGAAGCCUUAGCUUGUUUGGUUUGGCCAAAACAAGUUUAUAUUUAGGUUGGGGGCUUGAGCUGGGUUUGUCACAAAAUAGGCCCCUAUUUGAGUCCUGGUAAAAAUUCCAAAAAAUUAUCUAUCUCUGUGUGUUAAUUGGAUUUUAAGGAGAAGCCUUAGCUUGCUUGGUUUGGCCAAAACAAUAUUAAAUUUAGGUUGGGGGGCCAAACCAAGAUUAUAUUUAGAUUGGGGGCUUGAGCCAAGUUUGCCACAGAAUAGGCUUCCAUUUGAGUCCUGGUAAAAAUUCCAAAAAAAAUCUAUCUCUGUGCGUUAGAGUACUGGUAAAAAUUUUGGUUUGGCCAAAAAAAAUAUUAUAUUCAGGUUGGGGGUUUUGCCACAGAAUAGGCCCCUAUUUGAGUCCUGGUAAAAAUUCAAAAAAAAUAUCUAUCUCUGUGUGUUAAUUAGAUUUUAAGAAGAAGACUUAGCUUGUUUGGUUUGGCCAAACCAAUAUUAUAUUUAGGUUGGGGGCUUGAGCCGGGUUUGCCACAGAAUAGGCUCCCAUUUGAGUCCUGGUGAAAAUUCCAAAAAAUAUCUAUCUCUCUGUGUUAAUUAGAUUUUAAGAAGAAGCCUUAGCUUGUUUGGUUUGGCCAAAACAAGUUUACAUUUGGGUUGGGGGCUUGAGCUUGGGUUGGUUUGCCACACAAUAGGGCCCCAUUUGAGUCUGGCCAACAUUUCCAAAAAAUAUCUGUCUGUGUGCAAAUUGCAUUUUAAGGAGAAGCCAUUUAAAAUGAUAUAUUUGGGUUCUAGUUCUUGAGGGCCAUGCAGGCCUUUCAGGUCAGAGUUAGGUGACACUUAGAAGGGUCUGCAAAGAGAUUGGUUACUCUUUGGUGCUUGCAGAGCCUGUAAAAAGAUUGGCUGCUCUUCCAUUGGCUGCAGAUUGGAACACAAAGGGCUUGGGUGGCAGGGGUUUCUCCAAACUGAUGCAAAGAAUGUUGUCAGAUCCUGUGAGGCAGGUCAGGACUUCCUGUAGGUACUUCCAUAUAGAGGUCUAGAUUAAUACAGGUUGUUAGUAGUGCUAAUAUGAGCCCCAGCUGGUCUGUGUAGCUUGGGUGAGGCAUUUUCUUUGAACCCCAUUCAGGCCUUUCAGGUCAGAGUUAGGUGACACAUCGAUUGGCCGCUCUUCCAUUGGCUGCAGAUUGGAACACAAAGGUGGCAGGUGUUUCUCCAUACUGAUGCAAACAAUGCUGUCAGAUCCUGUGUGCCAGGUCAGGACUUCCUGAUGGUACUUCCAUAUCGAGUUCUAGAUUAAUUAAAAUUGUUGGUAUUGCUAAUAUGAGCCCCAGCUGGUCUGUGUAGCUUGGGGUGAGGUAUUUUUAUUGAACCCCGUUCCGGCUCGUCGUCCUUCUUUCUUUGCUGCGGUUUCCCAUCAAGCGUCGCCGAUGCCAGAACAAGGCCCCAGAAUGAACGGUUUCUCCUUGGGUGAGCUCUGUUGGCUCUUCUGCUGCCCGCCUUGCCCCAGUCGCAUUGCGGCCAAGCUGGCUUUCUUGCCGCCGGAGCCCACUUACACCGUGAUGCAGCCCGAACAGCAGGAAGGUGGGUCUGCCGUGGGCACACCGACAGGGAGCUGCAGCCUGCACCUGACUGAGCGGGCCGACUGGCAAUAUUCCCAACGGGAGCUGGACGCAGUGGAAGUCUUCUUUUCGCGCACGGCCCGGGAUAACCGGCUAGGAUGCAUGUUUGUGCGCUGCGCCCCUUCCAGCCGGUAUACACUACUGUUCUCCCACGGCAAUGCUGUGGACCUGGGCCAGAUGUGCAGCUUCUACAUUGGCCUAGGCUCUCGCAUCAACUGCAAUGUCUUCUCCUAUGAUUACUCUGGUUACGGAGUGAGCACUGGUAAACCGUCUGAGAAAAACCUUUAUGCAGACAUCGAUGCUGCUUGGCAGGCCCUCAGAACAAGGUAUGGUGUCAGUCCUGAGAAUAUAAUUCUGUAUGGACAAAGUAUCGGAACUGUUCCCACUGUGGACUUGGCAUCCCGGUAUGAGUGCGCAGCUGUAAUUCUUCAUUCACCCUUGAUGUCUGGGUUGCGGGUGGCUUUCCCGGACACUAGGAAAACAUAUUGCUUUGAUGCUUUUCCAAGCAUUGACAAGAUUUCUAAAGUCACCUCUCCUGUGUUGGUGAUCCAUGGCACCGAAGACGAAGUCAUCGAUUUCUCCCAUGGUUUGGCAAUGUACGAGCGAUGUCCCCGAGCGGUGGAGCCCCUCUGGGUGGAAGGGGCUGGCCACAACGACAUAGAGCUUUAUGCACAGUAUCUAGAACGGCUAAAACAGUUCAUAUCACACGAACUCCCGAACUCCUGAAGAAAACCAACUUGAUCUCUCUCUUUUUUCCUUUCUUCUUUUUUUUUUUACCUCAGUUAACUGUGAAUGGAAGAAUUUACCUGUUUUUGCACAUGCAUUAACUGGAUUAGCUGUAAUAGCUUUAUAACUAUGAAGAAAUGCCCUCACAUUGGGGCGGAUCCAAGUGAGUCUUUUUUAUAUAUAUCAGGAAACUAUUGUAACAGUCACUACUGUAAUCCCCAGUGAUUUUUAUAAUAAAAGAAACCUUCAUUAAUGCUAGAAGAGUUGUGGAAAGAAGACUAGCUUUGAAUACGAGGAUAUUACUAGUCCAAUAUAAUAAUAAUUAUAAUUAUAAUAAUGCGUCCGACCUUUCCCUAUCCCGCCCAUGACAUGUUGCUUGUCUCAUUCUUUCAAAUGCUUCCCACCGUCUAGAAUGCCAGCGAGCCUGCACUUCAGCUUCCUAUUUCGUUUAUGGAUUUGUCUAAAAAAGCAUCACUCUCCAUGCAACAUUUCUAACUGUGCUAUUAUCGUAACUGGAAUGUUUUUGUGGUGAUUUCGCAUUGUGGUUUGGGGGAUAUAUUUUUUUUCUCUUUGUGGGCAGCUUUGGCUUUCCCAGUAAAUCAUUUAAUAAAUCCUGGGCACACGCAUCAUUUGCAAAUGGAGCCAAUUCGGGAACGUUUUGUCCGUUUUCUGCAUAUUUAGAACAUGUAAUAUUCUUAAAAAGUCUAUAAUGAUUGACGGCUAACCCUUUUCGUUCUUUUUACUUCAAAAUGUGUAAAUUCAGUCCGAACGAGAGCCGAUUUUUGAAUUUCCUUGUGUAAAGCAUUCCUGAUAGAAGUUUUUAAAAAUAUUGUACAUAUGCGAAUUUACAUUAUGCAUAAUUCCUGAACGGUAGUUUUGAAUUUUAAGUCUAGUUAAUAAAUUCUGGUUUGUAUAUUAAUGUUUUGUUAUAAGUUUGUAUCCCUGCAUUAUUUUGCUAAAUAAAAUUUUUUAUAAGAUUUCCGAGACAGCUAAAAAUAAUACAUAUUUACUUUUGAUGAAUUUAUGUAAAAAAAAAAAAAGCAAUUUUAAUUAAAACUGAUCUUUUUUUGUUUAGGGAAUUUUUUUCAUUCUGACACUGGAAUCGCACAGAAUAUGCAAGACACUUAAAAUCAUUACACUAUAGGGCCUGUGGGGUUUUCUCCCCAUAUUGCACGGCCUUAAAUGUACUGUAAGCCUCUGAUUGUUGUAAAAAUGGAUUGGGAUUGAUUAUGGUUUGUGUAUUUGUUGCCGGAAUGCAACAACAGUGGUUGUAAUGGAAUAAAGGAUGCAUGGAGUAAAAAA